UCUGAUUGUACAAACCAUUGUUUGGACCUAAGCUACCAAUACAAAAUAUACAUACAUGAUGUAAGGAUGAUUCCGUUAGGACUGGUUUUCUUUGUCCUUAUUCACGGAUCUAAUGGUUACCACAACGACCCUGAACCCUGUACAUCAGAUAAUACCUCUGUGAUUGUAAUCAAUCAAGAAGUCUCCUGUGUUUUCCCACAUCUAAUAUCCAAUAAGUCCAAUGUUUGGAUUCGACCCCAGCUCCCGGAUGGACGACCACUUGUACUAUCGGAUGAAUGUACCUGCGACCUUUCAUGUCCCAUGCUUCUAAACGACACACUACCAAUGGAUGGAACAGAGAGGACAAGCGUGUUCUCCUGUUUUGGACCCUGGAGCUUGAUGGUCAGGAGAUGUGACGGGUUUUUCGUUUUCUACUUGGAUUCUACGACAAAUUUGUAUUCGUGGUUGGGUGAAUCGACAUGUCUUGCUCCGUAUCGAGGAUCAUGCAAGAAAUCAGGAAACCCUGAUACCACAGAUACACCAAAUGUAUGUCCCGAGGUGGGGAGUUUUCACGAGGAGACAGAGGAUAAAACAGGAAUGGAGGCGGUAUUUAAGUGUCAAUUCAAUCCAAUUCCUGGAGAAAUUGUGUACGACGUACAAUGGUAUAUUGACGGUAAACUCCUCGAUAACGCCAAAUUCACAGCGAUCAGUUACAGCAAUAUCAACGAUACAGCAUUACGAACAAGGCACUGGAUGAACAACUUUACUAUGAGUUUUCAGUUAUCCUGCGCUGUAAAAGCUAGGAAUAUGUCAGCUGGGGUAGAGGGAGAUUUUACUGAAAGUUACCCAUAUUUUGCGGGCAUUAAGUCAAGUCAGCUCCAGUAUACUGUGUUUGAGGGGGAGACAAUUCAAAUAAUUCUGGAGGCUACAGUUCCCUUCAGUUGUCCAUCUUCUCUGAGUGACGCCAUGAAAGCCUCCUUCUGUAAGUUCCAAUUCUAUAUCUUGACCCCGGGGGAGGGGCAGUGUGUGAACGGUCUUUCUAACAAUGGAGUAGCCUUCAAGGAUAAUCCUUGUGGAGUAACCUUUGGAUAUAAAGACAAAACGACAUCUAUCAGCGUCACUGGUUAUAUUGACGGAAUGGUCAAUUUUAGAGAGAGGAAAUCCACCUUGAAAAUUAGUUCCACAAGAAAUCCAGUGGACUCCACUGGAAUAUGGAACGGAAUAAAGAUUCCGGACAUCACAGUUAUUGUGAAGGACAAAGACUCCUUGGUAUCGGGUAAGUUCUGUGCUUCCUAUACAGAUCCUCAUCAAAGAACAUUCGGCGGGAGGUACUUCUCCAACCAACGGGCUGGGGAGUUCUUAUUGUAUAGACACAAAACGUUGCCGUAUACGGUGCAUGUUUUGUUUUCUACAUGUGUUUGGGGACGCGCCACGUGUAAUUGUGGUGUCGCUAUAAGAAAUGGCGGGAGCCUCUUUUCGGUUCGCACAUGCGCAGAGAUCUCUACAACAUGGACAAAGACUUUAGCAAUACCAGAGGAAAAAACUGAAUUAUGUAAUGAUAACGAUCUACGCAUUGAAAAAAUUUGGCGCUAUUACACGGUUACUUUUCCGAGCGGUACGGAAGUGUCUUUUUCGAUUUCCUGGUGGGGAAACUGGGUUGGUAGUAUUCGAAUCAGGGCCUCAGUUUCAGACAUCGGGGAAACGGAGGGCUUGUGUGGACCUGCCAACUAUAAUAACACCGACGACUUUAUUCCUAGAAAUGGACAGAGUGCUACAGAUAUAAAUAGUUUUGCAGAAUCAUGGAGAAUACCAUGGAACUCUGCUGAAGAAAGUCUAUUUGUGAAGAACCCCAAACUUUUAUCAGAGUCCUUUUCGUAUUCUUCAAAGAGCACCACAGACAAAGAGAAUUAUUGCACGUGUUCAUCUGAUGAGCCCCUGGAUUCUUACAAUCCAGACUUUGAGUCUCGGAAUCAGGCCCACUGUAACCAGACGACACCAAGCUCUGUGUGUGGAGGUCAGGUUUCCAUGGUGAUUGACACCUCUUCCUGUGGUACUUCCUCACGUCGACGAAAACGCUCAGUUGAAUCAGAUGAUGUCGGGGACUCUACUGUGCUUACUUAUGCCACCGACUACGAUGAAACAGCUGUCUUUAAUGUAAGUGAUUGGAUCAACGAAUGGAACGCCACUUCAGCCAGAAAAUAUUGCAAUGAUGCAUUCUCCUUUGACCCUGCUGUGGAAACCUGUAAUGCACUUGUCAACAUCUCUUCAGAGUCCUAUAUAGACAGCUGUGUAGAGGAUAUCAAGAUGUCUGGUAAUACUACGUGGGUAGAGGAUACGCUGGACACACUGAAAGGGGCGUGUCUUACAGAGGCAAAAAAACAGGAAGUGUUUUAUACUAACACCACCUCUAACUCCUCCUCUGAGCUGUCAAUCAUCCAACUGAUCACAGCCCAACUUUGUCCCUCCAACUGCUCUGGAAAUGGAGAAUGCAAAGAUGCUGUGUGUGUCUGCCAGAACGGGUUUAUUGGAAGUGACUGUUCUGUCCGUGUGUCAGUGCCACCGACUGACUUUUCUUUGCCAUCCAAUGGAAUUUGUGAUACAAGACAACGAUCAUGUCGAAAAACAAACAUUGCUGGCAAAUUCUACUCUGAAAAUGUCCUCGCAAAAUUGCUUUAUUUUGAGAUAGGAGAAAUGGAGCCCUCGGAUUUUAAGUCUGUGACCACAAAUGCCACGUUCCGUCACUUUAACCUGAUCACUGUGACGUUGCCUUCCAUUUCCGAGUCUUCCCGACGUCGACGUCGCUCAGUGACGGACGAUGUACACGGAUGGAAUAUCUCGCUUAGUUAUGACGGCAUAACGUUCAGUGAUCACGUGACUCUAUUGAUGUAUGACAGUCAAAGAUAUUCGUGUGACAUGCAGACUCUAACGUGCCAAAAGAUGAUAAGCGAGGCUGGAUCCUCCUCCAGAUCAGGUCCUGCUGUCAAUAUCCCAGCUAUCGCUGCAACAGGUGUUGCUAUUGUAGCAGUUGCUAUAACUAUUAUUGUCAUUGUUCUCAUCAAAAAGAAAAGAAUUCCAGUAGGUCGCUCCCAGUCUGUGAUAGGUAUACAGAAGGACGAAGGACAGAAUACGGUACCAGGAAAGGAAUCUUUGUGGGUAGGGGGUACAGACUACGUUCAGCCCAUACCGUCCCUGCCCCCAGCUUCCUGUGCUUACCAGCAGAAACGACAACCCACUGAUAUUUCUCUGCAUUUUGAAGAAAAGAAUUAGUUUUUUUUCUAUUACAAAAAGGACGUUCAAUUUGACAAGUCCGGAAUUUGAGAGUGUUUUGUAUCGUUCUGAAUAUAUUAUACAUGUAUACGACUUAGUGACCAAACACUAUAUGACUCAUAACUGUGGUAAAUGAAUUUUGAUAUUUUCUUUUGGGGAAGAUCCGAAGAAUUCAGAUCUCUCCUAAGAUACAGACUUAAAUUUCUCAGCUUUCAUGCAUUUAAAUGUAAAUGUAUAUGUGUCAUUUAUCAUAUUAAAAAUUCUAUCACAAUUAUUAUUAACAGUAACCGCAGUUGUUGAUUUAUGAUACAGUAUAAUCAAUAGAUGUAAAUUGAUCCACUGAUGUAUAAUCCUUGCAUUACAGUGUAUAUUAUACGUGGAUAUUUCUGGUAUAUGGAAGAUUGAUCCUUCACAGAUGGCAGCAUCGGUGAAUGCAUUUUACGUUUGUUGUUAUUCACAACAUUAUUGUUUCAAGUCAAUUUUUUUGUGAUAAGUUAUCAUGCUGUAAUAAAAAGAUGUUUUAUUGAUUGAA